CCCUGGGGGCCUGGUGGUUAUCCAGCAUCACAACAACAACAACAACAACAACAACACCAGUGGGGCUCUUGAACGCAUCCCUGUCUGCUCCUCUGUGUUGUGAAUGAAGAGAGAGCAUGGAGCCCUGUGCUGUGAAACACAUCUCAAUGAAAGGUUGAUUCGGCUGCUGCACCCAUGAUGAAUUUCGAGGGUCUCGACGCCGGGAUGGGGGACUACCCUGCCAGCCUGCACGGCACCCUGGAGGCGGGCAUGGAGCCCUCCAUGGAUCCACACCUGAACCCCAGCCUGAUGCAGGGCGUGGAGCUCGACCCCGAGGGCUUGGCGGUGACAGUGCCCGAGUCGGUGCACCUCAUGGAGGGGAUGUUCUCCGAGCUCCACAGUGCCGCGUCCGAAGUCGGCGUGCCGGUCACGGCGACACACUUUGACCUACAGGAGGAGAUGCUCUGGAUGGGGAACCACAGAGGCCACGCCACCUCGUUCUUUGGACCUACAAUGGGCCGGCAUUCUUCAUUCCAAGUGCACGCGACAGACGACAUCAGACACAUUCACAGUUUGGAAACAGGCGUGUUGUUCCUCUCCAAGUGCAACCUCCGCUGCUACACCCGCGGGGGCAUCGUCAUGUUCGAUUAUCCGAUGGAGGAAGGAGCUGACAUGCACAGUCUCCUCAUGACGGACAACAACAUGUCGCUCAUGGGCGGAUUGCAAAACUACGUGGUUGAAGUUGACUUGAACACCGUUCAAGAAACUCAAAGGUUCACCGUCGAGGUACCGGGAGUGGCAAUAAUGCGUCAGACCGGUCGUUACUUCUUCUGCGGACACACAUCUGGCAAGGUAACCCUGCGGGACUUGCGCACGUUCAAGACGGAGCAGGAGUUCGACGCGUUCUCCGGCAGCCUCUCGGACUUUGACGUUCACGGGAAUCUCCUGGCCGCGUGCGGGUUCUCUAGCCGAGGAAUGAACGGGUUGGCGUGCGACCGCUUCCUCAUGGUGUACGACCUCCGCAUGAUGCGGGCGGUGACGCCGCUCCAGGUGCACGUCGACCCGCUCUUCCUGCGCUUCAUUCCCACCUACACGUCACGCCUGGCGAUCAUCUCGCAGACAGGUCAGUGUCAGUUCUGUGAGCCCACCGGUCUCGCCAACAUGGCAGACAUUUUUCACGUCAACACCGUCGGGCAGCUGCUCAUGAGCUUCGACGUGUCGUCCAGCAAACAAGCCCUGGCCUUCGGGGACUCCGGCGGCUGUGUGCACCUGUGGUCCGACGCCCCCGAGGUCUCGUUCAACGACUACUCCCGGGAGACUGAGUUCGCUCUGCCUUGCCUCGUGGACUCGCUGCCUCAGCUGGACUGGAACCACGACCUGCUGCCACUCUCGCUCAUCCCCACGCCGCUGACCAGCACCGAGCAGCUGCUGUCGGACUGGUCGACUGCCAUGGCCACACCCAGUCCCAGACGAGCUCCUCCCGUGGACCCAGAGAUCCUGCGCACGAUGAAAACCGUUGGGUUCAUCGGUUACGCGGCGAAUCCCCGAGCCCGCCCUCGCAACCAGGUUCCGUAUAAGAUUAAAGACAUUGAGCUGGAUUAUGAUAAUUACAACCAGGUCCCCGAGUCGCCGAUCGGCCGCGACGAAGAGCCACAUCUCUACAUGGUGCCCAAAAAAUACAGAAAGGUCACAAUCAAAUACUCCAAACUGGGCCUGGAGGACUUUGACUUCAAACAUUACAACAGAACCUUGUUCGCGGGCCUGGAGCCUCACAUCCCCAACGCCUACUGUAACUGCAUGAUUCAGGUGUUGUAUUUCCUGGAGCCAAUCCGGUGUCUCGUGCAGAACCACUUGUGCCAGAAAGAGUUCUGUUUGGCCUGCGAGCUCGGCUUCCUCUUCCACAUGUUGGAUUUGUCGCGAGGAGAUCCAUGUCAGGCCAGUAACUUCCUCCGGGCCUUCCGCACCAUCCCCGAGGCGUCGGCGCUGGGCCUGAUCCUUGCGGACUCGGACGAGCAGACGGGGAAAGCCAGACUCGGCCGCUUGAUCCAGAGCUGGAACCGCUUCAUCCUCACCCAGCUGCACCAGGAGACGCAGGAGCAGGAGGGUCCGCAGGCCUACAGGGGCGCCAGCAGCAGUUCUCUGGGCUCCUCCGGCGAGUCGGCCAUCGGAAAGUUGUUUGGAUGCGAAGUGGAGAACAGCAGCUUGUGUCGCUGCGGCAAGGAGACGGUGCGCUCAUCCCUCACGCUGCUCUUCACCAUGCACUACCCCGAACACAACUCUCAGGAUAAGACGAUGAAGGAGUACGACUUCGCCGAGAUCCUGAAGAAGAGCAUCUGUCUGGAGCAGAGCACUCAGGCCUGGUGCGAGAACUGUGAGAAGUAUCAGCCCACUGUGCAAACGCGCAACAUCCGCUGUCUGCCCGACGUCCUGGUCAUCAACUGUGAGGUGAACAGUGCUAAAGAGGCGGAGUUCUGGAAGGUUCAGGCUGAGUUUGCCUUCAACAAGGCCAAACAGAAAGAGGCGAUGGAACCUCCAAAACCCAAGGAGCCCCCGCCGCCCAUGCCCACCGAGUGGUGCUUAGACGGGGAGGACGUGUGCAGCAUGGAGGGCUUUGCCCUCGACACCCGGGCGGAGGACAUGCGUCACGUCUGGAUCCCGCUCGCCCUCAAGAUGUCCAUCAGCAAGAGUCAGGGGCUGGAGAUCAGCAGCUGGCCCGAGGGGGAGGAGCUGAGCGCCGCUGAAGAGGACGCGGGCGCUUCCCUCUACGACCUGGUCGUCACGGUGCCUCACGUCCUGGACGCUCGCACGGGCGGAAACUUGAUCGCUCACAUCAAAGUGGGAGAAACGUACCACCAGAGGAAAGAGGGAGUCACGCACCAGCAGUGGUACCUGUUCAACGAUUUUCUAAUCGAGCCAAUCGACAAGACCGAAGCUGCACAGUUCGACGUGAGCUGGAAGGUUCCAGCGAUCCUGUACUACGCCAAGAGGAACUACCACACCAAAUACGACCUCCGCAUUAAAAACCCCAUCGACGCGAGCGUGCUGCUGACGGAGGCGUCGCUGGCUCGCAAACAGAGGAAGAGUCACGCCACUUUCAUCCCCCUCAUGGUCAGCGAGAUGCCGCAGGCCGGAGACCUGGUGGGGCUGGAUGCCGAGUUCGUCACGCUCAACCAGGAAGAGGCGGAGCUGCGCAGCGACGGCACCAAGUCGACCAUCAAGCCCAGUCAGAUGUCGGUGGCCAGGAUCACGUGUGUGAGGGGCCAGGGGCCCAACGAGGGGGUUCCCUUCAUCGACGACUACAUCUCCACCCAGGAGCAGGUGGUCGACUACCUGACUCAGUACUCCGGCAUCAAACCGGGAGACCUGGACGCCAAGAUUUCCUCGAAGCACUUGACCACCCUGAAGUCCACCUACCUGAAGCUGCGCUUCCUCAUCGACACGGGCGUUCGCUUCGCCGGCCACGGCCUGCAGAAGGACUUCAGGGUCAUCAAUUUGUUGGUUCUCAAAGACCAAGUGGUCGACACCGUCUACCUGUUCCACCUGCCUCGCAAAAGGAUGAUUUCUCUCCGGUUCCUCGCCUGGUACUUUUUAGACCUCAACAUCCAGGGGGAAACCCACGACAGCAUUGAGGACGCCCGCACCGCCCUGCAGCUGUACAGGAAGUACCUGGAGCUGAGCCGCAGCGGCGGCAACGACGAGGUGAGGAAGGUGCUGAAGGGGCUCUACGAGAAGGGCCGCCAGCUGGACUGGAAAGCCCCGGAGUCGGACGCCGCGGGAGAUGGUCAAGGUAGCCCGAAAAGUGCGGCGGUGUUUCCCUCUGUGAUGGGGCUGUGAGCCGUUUCUCCUGGUCGCUCCGGGCGCCUUCGUGGUUUUUCUUACUCGUCUGUGGCCUGUACAGUGAAAACGCAGCUCGGGUUUUAAUCAUGUCCACAUUAAGUUUUUUCAUUUUGGUUUUUCAGAAAAAGUGCGAGAAUGUGUAUUUUUUACGAUUUUUGGAGCCUUUAAAAAACAAAACAAUGGAACUUAGUGUUGUUUUUUUGGGGGAUGAAUGUAAAUAAAUAAAAGCAUCUUGAGCAC